UUAAUGUUUUAUACAAAUUUGUUAAAAAUAAGCAAAAAUCAUAAUUAAAGAAAUUAUAGCAUAUACAGUAAAUUUGAAUCAUACACUUAAUUUGACCGAGUUAAUACUCUCUGUCAGUUUCAGAAUAACCUCUAUUAUACUUCUACGUAGGAGCAUGAGAGAUUAUAUCAAUUUUCUUUACUUGUGACGAGGACAAUCAAGCAAAUAUGUUUUCAAGCGGACCAAAUUAUACGAAAUUAAAGACGCAUCUACGUUUAGCAAUAAAUCGACUAAAGUUGCUUGAGAAAAAGAAAACUGAACUUGCUCAGAAAGCACGAAGAGAAAUAGCUGAUUACAUUGCCGCAGGAAAAGUUGAAAGAGCGAAAAUACGCGUUGAACACAUCAUUAGAGAAGAUUAUAUGGUUGAAGCAAUGGAAUUACUCGAAAUGUAUUGUGAUCUUUUACUUGCCCGUUUUGGACUUAUUCAACAAAUGAAAAAUUUAGAUGAAGGUUUAGCAGAAGCUAUUUCUACAAUAAUUUGGGCUGCACCCAGAAUACAAUCUGAUGUUGAAGAAAUUAAAGUAAUUGCUGAUAUUUUAACAUCAAAAUAUGGAAAACAAUACACAGAAGCAUGUAGAGAAGAAGCAUUACAAACAAUUUCUGAAAAAUUAAAACAUAAAAUGAGUGUACAAUCACCACCAAAGCUUCUUGUAGAGAAGUACCUUAUAGAGAUUGCAAAAAAUUAUGACGUUGAAUAUGAACCAGAUUCACAGAUAAUGGCAGAAGGUCAAGAUGCUUUAUUGAUAGAUGUUGGAAAUAACACAGAACGAAAUAAUUUAGACACAGCUUCUGGUGGUGGUAUACCACAACCAGUUGGAUUUAUUGGUUUUCCUCAGCCUCCACUAUUACCAAAUCCUGCAUCUAAUUUAAUUAAUUCUGAGAAAGGACCAAUAGGAUUUGUAACUCCACCAGGGUCUUUAGAAAGUAAAGAUCAAAAUGUUCUUUAUAAUCCAACUAAUGUGUUGUACAAUAUUCCUUUAGAUAACGCCAACGGAAAUAAACCUGAAAAUGAUCUGCCUCCACCAUAUGGAGCGUUUCCUCCUGAUUUAAAUAAACAGUCUGACCAGAAACCGAAACCUCAACCACGUUCGAAAAUGCCGAUGAAUGAUUUUCAGCUUCCAGAUUUGCCAGCUGUGCCUUCGGAGAAUGAUUUACCCUCAAAUAAUAUGUUUACUGACAAAGACAUUGAUUUUGAUGAUUUAAUGAAGCGUUUUGAAGAUCUAAAAAAGAAAAAAUAA